UCCGGAUUUAGUCGACACAGUAGUAAAAAAAAAUCUGGUUGCUAUGAAUUUCAGCUAGCUAGCCACCGACAACUGUGUAGUACACUUGAGUAAAACCAUCCAUGUCAAGACACAAGAUAGGUUUUCGAAGUCUUGUGCCGCUUCUCUGUCCAUAUAGGGACACACCAGCCUGUCUGCCAACCUACUGUGAAUCGAUCCUGCUGGCGCAGUGACUAGACCAGAAGACCUUGGCACCGUUGUGUGCCAGUUCAUUUCAAGACCCAGGGAAUUUUGAAUCCAGACGAUGAACGGUCUGUCCAUACGAGAGCUAUGCUGUCUGUUCUGCUGCCCCCCUUGCCCCAGCCGCAUUGCAGCCAAACUGGCUUUCCUCCCUCCAGAGCCCACCUACGCCCUUCUCCCUGACACAGAUCCAAGCUCUGGAGCUGGAGCUGCUACUGGGUCCAGUUCCGGGGCUGCUCAGCCUUCUCUAGGAGCCCCAGGACUCCGUUCCCGGCAGGGCACUAGUAGUGGAGCUGACAGAGGAGGUGGUGCUGGAGGUGGGGGUGGUGGAGGAGGAGGAGGAGGAGGUGGUGGUGGAGGAGGAGCAGGUGGCAGCGGUUGGAGUGAGGGCAGGUGGAAGCUUCAUCUCACAGAGAGAGCAGAGUUCCAGUAUUCACAGAGAGAGCUGGAUGUGACGGAUGUAUUCCUGACCAGAUCUAGCCGAGGGAACAGGGUGGGGUGCAUGUACAUCCGCUGUGCCCCCAAUGCUAGGUUUACAGUGUUGUUUUCCCAUGGCAAUGCAGUAGACCUGGGUCAGAUGAGCAGCUUCUACAUCGGCUUAGGCACACGCAUCAACUGCAACAUCUUUUCCUAUGAUUACUCCGGCUAUGGUGUUAGCACUGGCAAGCCCUCUGAGAAGAACCUAUACGCGGACAUUGAUGCUGCCUGGCAUGCCCUGCGUUCUCGGUAUGGCAUCAGCCCUGAGAAUAUCAUCCUGUAUGGACAGAGCAUCGGCACGGUGCCUACAGUAGACUUGGCAUCACGGUUUGAGUGUGCCGCUGUGGUCCUCCACUCACCUCUCACCUCCGGCAUGAGAGUGGCUUUCCCUGACACCAAGAAAACCUACUGCUUUGAUGCAUUCCCUAACAUAGAGAAAGUGUCAAAGAUCCCGUCUCCAGUACUGAUCAUCCACGGUACAGAGGACGAGGUGAUCGACUUCUCUCACGGCCUCGCCCUGUUUGAGCGCUGUCCCAAGGCGGUGGAGCCCCUCUGGGUGGAGGGAGCCGGUCACAACGACAUUGAGCUUUACAGUCAGUACCUGGAGAGGCUACGGCGCUUCAUCAACCAGGACCUGGCUGCACAGCAUGCCUGAGAAACAAAACAACAGCCUCUCUGCGGUUGUAUGAAUGAGACCGUGCGCGUGUGCAUGUGUGUGAGACCGAGUGAGAACGUCAGCAUGUUUGCAAAGUAUGUGUGAGAAAUUGACCUAAAACAAUAUGUGAUUUUUGUCACAUCUGUGUGUCUUUGAAGCAGCACACCUUUACGUUUACUUUUCAACACAACAUAUGUUCGGGUAAUGUCCCGUUCAAAAGGUGGGAACAGUUUUUAAUAUAUCGGUAGCUGUAUCCAUCUGUAUGGUGGAGUGUGGUGAAACGCUAAAAACAAGAACCUGGAUUAUAUAACUUUACAAACCUGGUUUUUAACGUAGGGGAAUUUAUGAAUUGCAGCUUUGACAUGAAUUAAGAAGUAACAACAAUGUGCUUCGUUCAGAAAGGCACACAGAUGUAAUUUUAAAGUAUGACGUGUUAGUGAAUGUGUGUGUGUGUGUGUGUGUGUGUGUGUGUGUGUGUGUGUGUGUGUGUGUGUGUGUGUGUGUGUGUGUGUGUGUGUGUGUGUGUGUGUGUGUGUGUGUGUGUGUGUGUGUGUGUGUGUGUGUGUGUGUGUGUGUGUGUGUGGCAGUGCUGGAAGACAUGAAGGACAUCCUAAUGACUUGGACAGCUGCAAGUGGAGGAAGCUUAUUGAGACUUAUCAAUAUUAUUAUUAUUUUUUCAUUUUUUGCGUGUAUGUAUGAAAAAUACCUCCACAGCUUGACCAGUUCUCUCUCCAGUGGACUAACACUGGUCAAGCAUGUGCUCACCCCCCACACUCCUCCACCACUCCCUGUUUACCUGUUAAUGGAUAUCCAUCUGACUGCCAGGGCAUUUCCCAAGUUGUCCAGCUAACACUAACCUACUUUAUCUGUGUGGUUUGGGGGUCCAUCUCCUUCCCUUUGGUGUCAGUUAGGGUGGAUACUUAAGGACUAGUCUGGAAUACUGUCAUAGUUUGUAUGGCUGUUGGGGGGUUCUCAUACUUUCCUCUCCCUCAUUUUUGACUGUAGAGACCACAUAAUGGCCAGCUUCCACUUUAUUUCCUGGCUGUGCUGUAGCUUUAGCCUUUACCUGUCCACAGAAUUGCAGCAGCAACUUACAGGGAAUUCUUUUUAUCUCCUUUAACACCUUUUCCCCCCAUCCAGUCCUACAUAUUUGUGAUAAAGAAUGAUGGUGUGUUGAACAUUUCUUUGGCAUUAGUAGAACAGCUAGGAGUGCAGGUUUACUUAGCAAUUUCACUGUCACAUUAGAUCAGUUGGCUCUAAACAGAAGGCUGUAGCUCAGUAUUUACUGAUGUGUGACUGUUAGAGGCUGGGCAGCCUGCACUGACUCGGUAACAGCAGGGUUCAGUCAGAUUUACAGGAAUAGUUUGGCAUUUUGGUAAAUAGUCUUAUUCACUUUCUUGCUGAGAGUUGGAUGAAAAGAUGAAUACCACUUUCAUGCAGAAACUCCAGGAAGUGACUGCGCCCAGAUAAGUAAUAGUCCGGCACAUAACUUUAGAAGUGCUGGUAGGUGGAUUUUGUUACCUUUUUUACAGAGCCAGGCUAGCGGUUUCCAGUCUUUACGCCAAGCUAAGCUAACCAGCCACUGGCUGCAGCUUCAUAUUUAGCGUACAGACAUGAGAGUGGUAUCAUUCUUCUCAUCUAACCCUCAACAAAAAAACAACAACAAAUGAGUGUAUUUCCUGAAUGCAAAAUCUACCGUUUAGUCUGAAGUGCAGCUGUCGUGGUCUGUGAAUAAUUGGUAGUCUCUUCUGGUGAACUUUUGGAGAUUGAUGUUCUCGCUGGAUUUGGAGGCUCUAAAAGGUAUAAUGACAAAAAGUAGCUGCCGAGUUCAUCGAACUAAUGAGGAUUGUGUCCGUUUGACUCAGAAUAAUCUUUUGUGUAAUGCUGGUUAACUUGUAGUCUUACAUCACAGAUAGAUUUCCCAGUCUUGCACUCAUCAGCAGGGUUAGUCAUCCUCCUGUUUAUAUGCACAUUUUGUUUCUAACGUUUUUGUCCUGAUGUAAUUAAUCCGAAACGUGUUUGUCGUAGUGUGGAGCCAUGGAUUGUUUGUCUCUGAACCACGCGUGUCGAUGUUAUGACUAACGGUGUGAUUCAGAUCAGGUGCCAGGACGUGGCAUCAUGCCUGCUAUAGCUCCGUUUAACCUCUGUGGCCCUAAAUGUACAGGAGCUCUCUUAUGGGUGGCAGCACGCUUAAUGUCUGACACAAGCCAUAUUAGAGCCUCUCACUAUUGGUGUGGUGCAGGUUCCACCACACACACCUUUGCACAUCAUCACACACGUACACAAACACACACACACACACAUUCAAACAACACACAUGCAUACACACUACAUACAGUACUGUUGUAUACAGUAUAUUUACACAUUUAUAUAUCAGAUCAAGCAUGAAAAAAGCAGGUCUUAAGUUCAGCACUAUUGUACAAAGCAUCCAAAGUGUAAUAAGGGUAUAAAAUGUAAGUUUGCGUGUCUUCAUUAUUAUUAACUGUCUUCUACAGGGCAGCAUUAAGGAUACUAACAUCACGUUUGAAUAACUAGUAAUAGGCCCUGUGUGUAGACCUGCAAAAGUACAAGAACUGGGUUUAUGGUUGCAGGCUAGCACCACAUAUCAGAUCUACACAAGGAGUCUGCUGCAUAGGAGACUCGUCAGUUUCAGUGAUAGUUGCUGCGUUUUUGUUGGUGUUUUUUUUUUUUUUUUAAGGGAACAUGUACUGAACUAGCACUGAUCUGAUUACUCCAUUGUGGGAGUACAAGUGGGUCUUAGGGAACACCAAUCACUUCCCGUCAUCAUUUCGAACAGGGAAUCUUUCCAUUCUCAUCCCGUGCUUUGCAUCUCUGAUAUUUAAAUAAUGGAAAUCUGUUACCAUCUUGGACCGGGGUCUGAGCUGUCAGAAGAAUCGGCGAAUGUUCUCGCCUCUCUCUGAAAGUAGAAGUAGGCCUCAGGUUUUUUUUCCUGGACCACUGGUGUUAUCAGGGAAACCACUGGAUCCACCUUUCAUUCAUGGGGUUUAAGAAACCGGGUAGAGACUUGCCGUUGAAUUGAUAUUGUAUCCUCUGGCCCUGAAUGUGUAUUGAUGGGGGUGGGGGGGGUUUGAACAGUGAAAACUGUAUGCAUGUCUAUUGUGUUUUGCAGAGCAAGUGGCGGGGUGGGACGUUAUCUCUAUUAUGUAUUCUAUGUGAGGGUAAAGCUGAACUCAUGGCAUUGGAACAUUGAAGCGCUUUAAAAAAAAAAAAAAAAAUACAAAAAAACCCGGGACUUUUAUUUGAAUUUUUUAUUGCUGAUACUAACUGAUGUAUUGUUAUGAGUUUUGUGCUAGAGUUUGAGCGGGGGCAGCGGUAGGUGGGUGGGCGGGCUAGACAAUAUUAGUGGGCUGUUUAUAUGGUUACUGUACUUACCUAUUCUAUUUGUAUUAUGAUUUGUAAUUUUAUGUUGCUUUUUUGAACUGAGAAUAUGAUGUAAUGACAUUAAUUCAAGGGACUGAAUCUUGACCUUUUUAUGGAAAACAAAAUAAAAAAAGAUCACUUAUGUACAAAAA